AUGCAGGGCUUCCCCGGAGGAAGUGCAGGGCGAGGGCUGUCCCCUGUGGACAGACAGACGCUUCUGGUCUGCAGCUUUAUCCUGGCGGCAGCUUUGGGCCAAAUGAAUUUCACAGGUGACCAGGUUCUUCGAGUCCUGGCUAAAAAUGAGAAGCAGCUUUCACUUCUCAGGGAUCUGGAGGGCCUGAAGCCCCAGAAGGUGGACUUCUGGCGUGGCCCAGCCAGGCCCAGCCUUCCUGUGGAUAUGAGGGUUCCUUUCUCUGCACUGAAGGACAUCAAAGCUUACCUGGAGUCUCAUGGCCUUGCUUACAGCAUCAUGAUAAAGGACAUCCAGGUGCUGCUGGACGAGGAGAGAGAAGCCAUGGCGAAAUCCCGCCGGCUGGAGCGCAGCACCAGUAGCUUCAGUUACUCCUCGUAUCACACCCUGGAGGAGAUAUAUACCUGGAUCGACAACUUUGUAACUGAGCAUUCAGAUAUUGUCUCAAAAAUUCAGAUUGGCCACAGCUUUGAAAAUCGGUCCAUUCUUGUUCUGAAGUUCAGCACUGGAGGUUCUCAGCGCCCAGCCAUCUGGAUCGACACUGGAAUCCACUCCCGGGAGUGGAUCACCCAUGCCACCGGCAUCUGGACUGCCAGGAAGAUUGUCAAUGAAUAUGGCAAAGACCGCAUCGUGACAGACGUACUGAACGCCAUGGACAUCUUCAUGGAGAUUGUCUCCAACCCUGAUGGGUUUGCUUAUACCCACAGCAUGAACCGCUUGUGGCGGAAGAACAAGUCCAGCAGACCCGGAAUCUUCUGCAUUGGUGUGGAUCUUAACAGGAACUGGAAGUCAGGCUUUGGAGGAAAUGGUUCUAACAACAACCCCUGCUCAGAGACUUAUCAUGGGCCCUCCCCUCAGUCAGAGCCAGAAGUGGCUGCCAUUGUGGACUUCAUCAUGUCCCACGGGAACAUCAAGGCUCUGAUCUCCAUCCACAGCUACUCUCAGAUGCUCAUGUACCCCUAUGGCCACUCUCUGGAGCCUGUUUCAAACCAGGAAGAGUUGUACAGUCUUGCCAAGGAUGCAGUGCAGGCCCUGUAUGAGGUUCAUGGGAUCGAGUACAUUUAUGGCAGCAUCAGCACCACCCUCUAUGUGGCCAGUGGGAUCACUGUCGACUGGGCCUAUGACAGUGGCAUCAAGUACUCCUUCACCUUCGAGCUCCGUGACACGGGGCACUAUGGCUUCCUGCUGCCGGCCACCCAGAUUAUCCCCACAGCCCAGGAGACGUGGAUGGCCAUUCGGACCAUCAUGGAGCACACGCUUAAUCACCCCUACUGACAAUACUGCUGAGGGCAGAGCCAGAGGGUUUGUCUUCUUUCCCAAGGCCGGGGCUCCUCCUGAAA